UCGUCGAUCCAUCGUUCAAGCGUUCGACUCGGUUGACUCAGCUACCACCGAGCGUCGCAGGAUAUCUGGUUCUGGACCUGGACAUCUCGAUCCCGCGUGCAGAUGGAGAGUUGCGGCGCACGCGCGGGUGGAGAGGGCAAGUUCGAGGGCGUCGGACAAAGGUUGGUCGCGUCGAGCGGCCGGCCGGCAGCGCAUUCGUGACUCAAACAUGGCAGCGGCUACCAGCGUUGUCGUGCUCGACAGGGGCAACAACACCACCUGCACCAUCAAUUUACACGGAGCUACCGUGGUGUCCUGGCGAGUGAAUAACCAGGAACAGCUGUUCGUUAGUAAACAAGCUGUGUUCGACGGAAAGAAAGCGAUUAGGGGCGGUAUACCGUUCGUCUUUCCACAAUUCGGAUCAUGGACGUUCGGACCACCCCACGGCUUCGCCAGGAUCGUUCGCUGGAACGUGGAGAAGUCGCCGGAGCGAUUGCCCAGCGGGGACAUCGAGGCGAUAUUCUCGAUAAUGGAUAGCGAAUUCACGCGAUCGCUGUGGAACUCACAGUUCAGGGUAACGUACAGGCUAAUACUGCGCGAGAAGGAGCUGCAUUUCAAUAUCGGUGUCUACAAUCCUAGCAGAGACGACACUUUCACUUUUAAUCUGCUCCUACACACGUAUUUCAAAGUACCUGAUGUCAGGAGAUGCCAAAUCACGGGAUUGCAGGGGUGCACAUUCGUCGAUAAGACUAGGGACAACCAAAUCUUCCAAGAAGGCCGCGACGUCGUCACGGUGUGCGAAUGGACCGACCGGAUCUACCACAACACCCAGCCGGAACACAUCAUCACGAAUGUCGUUUCCGGUAGGAAGAUGCGCGUGCAGAAGUACAACUUUCCCGACACAGUCAUCUGGAAUCCUUGGCAGGAGAAGGCGCGCGACAUCCCGGACUUCGGUGACGACGAAUUUCCCAAUAUGAUAUGCGUCGAGAGCGGUAACGUCAGUACUCCGGUUGUACUAUUACCAGGGACGGCCUUUGAGGCGAGCCAGAUAUUACAGGUGAUGUGAGUAGAGAGUGGACCGACGUCGCAUGUCAAUGCCGCAGGCGGUACCAAUUCACUGCUGCCGACGUCCUCAGCAUCGUCUGCGGUCUGGCCAACAGGUACAGGGUGGCCGCUUUACAUGCCGCCCCCGCCACCGCCUCCGCCGCCUCCACCUCCACCUCCGCCACCUCCACCGUCACAUCCGUCGCAUCUGCACUCGCAUUGCGUUGCCCAGACUUGCACGAUAUGUUCUCUGAAUCUUUAGGAAUAUUCAGACAUGAGAUGAUGUCUGUAAACUGUGCAAGCUUCCAGAAUCUCUUCGCUUUCCGCUUCUCCAAUCAACUACAGUUUUUACGAAAGACUCACACAACACCUUAUGAUGGAGAAUGUUUUUUUUUCAUUGAAUCUCUCCAAAAAGCAGUGAUAACUAGUAAAAAUAAUAGUAAGUAAAUAGUUAAUUUCAUAGAAAAAUUUAUCUUCAUUCCGCUUGUUUUUAUCCCUACGCUUCGUCCGUACUUUACGAUAGGAACACACAAGAAACUAAGAUAACGGCCAAUCGAAUACGCAAAUAUGAGGGAUCGAUCGAUUUGUCUCUCUUUGUUUUCCGCCGUCCAAGUAAAACAAUUCGAUACAUAGGACUUAUAAAAGAGUCAAUUACAUUGUUCGAAGACAAGAUUAUUAUGUCUUUUGCAAUAUUUAUUUUCCCUUUAUUAAAAAUUUGCAAAAAAUUGCAGGAAAGUACUUGCAUAAGUGGAAGAGAUUAAGAUCCCUUUGUUAAAUAUUUUAAAGAACAUACAAAAUACGAACGAAUUAAAAUUUAACACGAUCCGUCACAAACAUGUAUACAUUCCAUAUACAUAUAAAUGGAAAGCGAAAGAAAUACAUGUCCCAUUUCGUACUCUUGACUCGUCAUGUUUAGAUAUUAGUACACGGUAUAUUGUUUAUAGAUAUAGAUUGACAUUAGGUAAGGAAUUUUGUUAAAUUACGCGCGACAAAACUUUCCCUACAGAGUUUCUAAGUAUUAUUAUGUAAUUAAUUGUUUGGUAAACGAUGAUUCGAUCUAGUUUUUUUGUUGAUGUACAUUUAAAAUUAGUAAAUAACAAAAUGCAUUUGAGAGACGUAUCUUAUGUUACAUGAAUUAUAAUAAAAACAUUCUCA